AUGGAAUUCGUAGAAUUCAAUGAUGUUACAGAGACCACGAAGAUAUCUCAACUUCCGAAAGGUCAAGAAUGGACAGUCCAAGUACCGACUGGAGCCAAAUUGACCAUCGUUGUCAAAUUUGGUAUAGUAGAAAUGUUAGGUACAGAAUUGGCAAAUGAUAUGCCGUAUACAUUCCAAGGUGUUGUGGUUAACCUAUACGCUAUAGAAAGAGCCAUGAUUGAAUGGAAGUGUUUAGAGGAAUUGGAACCCAAGAUAUCUGAGGAUAAGGCUUACCAUACUUACAUUUACAAUCUAAAUUUUGCAUUAGAAAGACUAAGACUAUCGAGUUUUAAUGGUCCCCGUGUCCUUAUAUUAGGCGACGAAUCUACAGGAAAAUCAUCUUUAGCGCAUACGUUAUGCUCUUAUGCCUUAAAAAUCAGACAAUAUCAGCCACUUCUUGUAAAUCUGAAUCCACAAGAAGGUGUUUUCUCAUUACCUGGUUCUCUAACAGCCACGCCAAUAUCCGAAAUCUUAGAUAUAGAGAGUUCCCUUUGGGGACAAAGUAUUACGACUGGUGCAACAAAAUUACACAGUAAGCAGCCACUUGUAAAGAAUUUUGGACUGGAAAAUAUUCGAGAUAACAGACAAUUGUAUAAGACUACAAUAUCUCAGCUUGCUCACGGUGUUAGGCAGAGAAUAAAAAAUGACCCCGUUGUGAGGAGGUCUGGAGUAUUUAUCGAUACGCCUAAACUUAGUCACCUGGAUACAGAAACGUGGUCUGAAAUAGAGCAUAUUAUCGAUGAAUUUGAAGUCAAAGCUAUUAUCGUAUGUGCCCAGACUGAUGAUUUGGCCAUAAAACUAAGCGAAGUCUUCCGAGCCAAAAUUGGAUCCAUUGUACGAAUUCCUCCUCCGAAUUCCAUAAUUAAAAUCGAUGAUAUCAUGAGAAGAUCUAUUCAGCGAAUUCAAAUUAGGGAAUACUUUUACGGAACAACCCAAACAGUGCUAAGUCCUUAUACUGUAGGUGUUGGGUUUGAAGAACUAACUGUCUUCAAACCAAGAAAUCAAAAUGAACUAUUAGAUAAAACUAAAGACAUCGACAUGACAGCAUUUGAUAAAAUAGAUGUCAAUGCAUCAAACUUGCAACAUGCAAUAGUAGCUAUCACUAAUGUGUCAAGAAAAGAGUCUGAAGAUGAAAUCCGCACAGCAUCGAUUCUAGGUUAUGCUUUGAUCACAGAAGUCAACGACUCCAAAAGGAAACUUAGAAUUCUACUCCCGGUACCAAGUAGAAUACCAGACAGAUCUAUGAUACUCACAGAGUACAGAUACUUGGAAUAA